AUGCUCGCAUCCUUGCUCCAAGGGAUCGCCAUUUGCUCGGCGACGUGGUUCCUGUGGAAGUACUUCCGGCAGGUCUUCGUCAAGUCGCCCCUUGACAACAUCCCAGGUCCUGCUGCGGAGUCGUUCAUCUACGGCAAUCUGCGCCAGCUGCUCGACAAGAAUGGCUGGGGUUUCCUCAAGAGUCUAGAGUCGUAUGACGGCGUUGUGAAGCUGCAUGGCCCUCUCGGCCACCGGAUGCUGUUUGUCUUCGACCCGACCGCGAUGCACAAUAUCAUAGUCAAGGAUCAGUACAUUUACGAGGAAGCUGCGUUCUUCAUCAAGUCCAAUCUCCUGAACUUCGGCCCCUCGCUGCUCGGCACGCUCGGCGAGCACCAUCGAAAGCAACGCAAGCUGCUCAACCCCGUCUUCUCCAUCGCCCACAUGCGUCGCAUGAUUCCCAUCUUUAACGACGUCUGUCUGAAGCUGCAGAAGGCUCUCGAGUCGCGCAUCGACGGGAACGACAUGGUCGAGAUAGACAUGUUGUCGUGGAUGGGCCGCACCGCCCUCGAGUUGGUCGGCCAGGCGGGACUUGGCUAUUCGUUCGACCCGCUCGUCACAGACAAACCUGACGACUAUGCGAGCGCCAUCAAACUGUUCCAGCCUGUGCAGGCGGAAGUGAGCUUGCUACGCCGCCUCGUGCCGUACGUCAGCGAUCUCGGCCCGCCUGCAUUCCGCCGGUGGCUCCUGGACAUGUUCCCCCACAAGGGCGUGCAGCAGCUCAAGUCGAUUGUUGACGUGAUGCACGAGCGUUCCCUCGAGAUCUUCCAGCUGAAGAAGCAGGCUCUAGAACAGGGUGACGAAGCCGUCGCCCACCAGGUUGGCGAAGGCAAGGACAUCAUGAGUAUUCUACUGAAGGCAAACGUCGAGGCAUCGGAUGAAGAUAAGUUGCCGGAGGAGGAGAUCCUUGCACAAAUGUCCACAUUCAUCUUGGCUGGGAUGGAUACUACCUCCACUGCAUUGUCCAUCACGCUCACCAUUCUGUCUCAACACCCGGAGGUGCAGGAAAAGCUCCGGAACGAGAUCUUGGAGGCAUCCAAAGGGGAGCCGCUUGAGUACGACGCCCUCGUCUCCCUUCCCUACCUGGACGCAGUCUGCCGGGAGACCUUGCGUCUCUACGCCCCCGUCGCUCAGGUGUUCCGCGAGACUCGAGAGGACGUGGUGAUGCCUCUAUCGCACCCUAUCCGAGGUGUGGACGGCAAGACGAUACACGAGAUCUUCGUCCCUAAGGAUACCGUCGUCGCCGUCGGUCUCCUCGCGUCCAAUCGCAACAAGGCCAUCUGGGGCGAGGAUGCAGAAGAGUGGAAGCCCGAGCGUUGGCUGUCGCCCCUGCCCGGAAGCGUCACUGAAUCCAAGAUUCCGGGCAUAUAUUCAAACCUUAUGACUUUCCUGGGAGGCGGUCGCGCUUGCAUUGGAUUCAAAUUCUCGCAGCUCGAGAUGAAGGUUGUACUGUGUCUCCUUCUGUCGAAGUUCACAUUCGCACAGUCCGACAAGAAGGUGAAUUGGGUCUUGUCUGGCGUCCGUUUCCCGACCGUAGGCAACAGCCCGAAGCCGUCAAUGCCUCUGAAAGUAGGGCUGUACAAGGGGCCUGUUCCUGCAUAA